AUGAAAACGUUGAAGGACAUAAUUGAUGAAGGAAAGAGAAAUUACAGGCUGAUGGAGGUAAGGUUAAGGAUUGUGGAAGAGAAAAUUGAGGGAUGGAAUAAGAAGUGGAAGGAGUUUCAAGAGUUUAAGGAAGCUUAUGAGGAGGAAAGGAGAGAGAGAGAAGAGAGGUGGAGUGAGAAUGAAGAGAGGAAAAGGAGUUUGAGGGAAGCAGGGAGCAGUAGUAGCAUAUAUACCAGGCAGAGUUCAGAAUGGUUAUCGAGAGGGUCAGGAAGUAGUGAUGAUAGAUUAAGCUCAAGGGAGGUGCGGAGCAUGAGACGCUUAGUUGCAGAAAAGGAGAAGGAUGAAAGAAAGAAGAAUAUAAUAGUAAGAGGUAUGAGCACUGAGGGUACGUUGGAAGAGUGUAUGAUCAGAAUUCAGACAUUGUUGAGGGAUAAGUUGAAAGUGGAUAGUAAAGUGUGGCAGGUAAGAAGAAGUGGUAGAGUUUUGAUAGCGAGGCUAGAAAAUGAAGAGGAAAAGAGAAAGGUCAUGAAAAGAAUGUGUGAAACAUGGAUAGAGGAAAAGGACUGGUGCAGAAUUAAAAGUAAAUUACCAAAUUCACACAGUUGGUGGAGUGUUCAUGCUGAAAAGAGGAAAGGUAAAGGUAGGGCGAGUGGUGGGAUAAUAAUAGGAAAAAGGACAGAUUGGAAAGAGGAUGAGGAGGAAGUAACAAGGAUACAGAUCACGGGUAUAGACGUGGCACAGGUAAAGUUGGUUUUAGAAGACGUGACAUUAAAUGUCUUUACAAUAUAUAAUAAGAAUAAGGACAAGAAUAGUGGUGGUAGAAGGAGCAAGAAUAAGGACAGGAGGGAGGGGUUAGAGGAUUUAUUUAGGAGAAUAGAGGAGAUUUGUGAGGGAGAAGGAAUCAUUAUUGGUAGGGAUUUUAAUAUACGAAUAGGAGAAUUAGAAAGUAAUGGAGAGGAAGAAUAUGCAACUGUGCGAAAAAUGAACGAUUUUAUAAAAGAUAGGAUAGAAGAAUUUAAUAUAGAGGAAAGGGUGGACUCAGACCAUACCCCGCUAAAGGUGAGGAUCCAGCUUACGGAAGAAGAGGAGGAAGAAAGAAGAGGAGCAGAGGAAAAGAAGAACGAGACAGAAGAGGCAGAGGACGGGUCUAGGAAAUAUGUUUGCUGGGACGAAGAGGUAAGAAGGAUAUAUAAUGAGUUAACGGAAGAAGAAGAAGAAGAAGAAGAGGUGGAUAAGGAUGCAGGGUGUGAAACAACUGAAGCAAAAUGGAGGAAAUUAAAGGAUCGGGUGUUGGAGAGCCUGGUAUACAAGAAAAUAGGAAAAGGCAGGAAGAGAAACAUGGGAUACAAGGAUUGGUGGAACAAGGAUUGUACGAGGAAAAAAAGAGAAGUGAAGAGAAAUUAUAGGAGAUGGCGGGGAGAGACGAGAACUAAAGAAGAGUUUUUGGUAAGCAGGAGAGAAUUUAGAAAGCUCCUGGAGUAG